UUACUAGUUUUUAUGUUACAAUCAACAGUUAAUUCUACUGAUGACUUCUUUAAAUUAUCAAUUGUGCACAUGAACGAUUUUCAUUCCAGAUUUGAGGAGACUAAUCUGAAAGGAAAUCCUUGCGACACAAAUUGCGUUGGAGGCUUCUCUAGAUUGUACAAACAAAUUGUCGAUAUUAAAGAAAAGAAUACCGACAUAGUUUUACUAAAUGCCGGCGAUAAUUUUCAAGGCACUAUAUGGUAUAAUAUUCAUAAUUGGACUGUCGUCAGCCACUUUCUUAAUAAACUUCCUUUUGAUGCGAUGACCUUGGGAAACCAUGAAUUUGACAACGACAUUAAAGGAGUGGUUCCUUUCAUAAAAUCUUCUAAUUUUCCGGUUGUAGUCUCUAACAUAGACACCAGUUUAGAACCGUCCUUCCAAAACAUUACUACGAAGAGUGUUGUAAUUGAAAGACAAGGCAGAAAAAUAGGUUUAAUAGGCGUCAUUACAAAAUCAGCAGCCCAAAUAUCUAAUGCUGGUAAACUAAUAUUCCUAGAUGAAUCCGAAAGCAUAAACGCCGAAGCAGAACGGUUGGUCAAAGAGGAAGGCGUCUUCACCAAUAUCGUAAUAUCACAUUGUGGAUACGAUGUUGAAAAAGUUUUAGCUAAGCAAGCCAAACACAAGAUAAGCUUAAUCGUUGGUGGACAUUCCCACUCAUACCUUGGAGAUGAUGAGCAGUUUAAACCAGAAGGAUCUUAUCCAACUGUUAUCAAAAGGGAUGUUGAUGGAGCCACAGUUUUAGUAACUCAAGCAUCAUCACAUAGCAGACAUCUUGGUAACAUAGAUGUUUACUUCGAUUCAUUGGGAAAUGUAGUUAAUUGGACCGGUUCUGCAAUAUUCUUAAGCCAUCAUCUACUUCAAGAUGAGCAAAUAAAUGAGGAGCUCAAGCCGUGGAAAGCUACAAUAGAAUCCAUCGAAGGUCAAAUAUUUGGCACAACUAAGGUACCUUUAGAGAAAAAGGAGUGCAAGUAUGAAGAAUGUUUAUUCGGUAACUUGGUGACUGACCUAAUGGUUUACAGUUACGUUAAUAAGGAAGAUCCUCAAUGCCCAAGUUGUUGGACUUAUGCCUCCAUUGCUUUAUUUAAUCCAGGAGGAUUCAGAGCAAAUAUUAAAGUUGGAGAUAUAACGUACAGAGAUAUAGCCACAGCUCAACCUUUUAAGAACACGUUUGACGUCAGCGACAUUGAAGGAAAAUACAUUAAAGAAAUAUUUGAAACUGUUGCUGGCACCAAUUACGACAACGGAAAUGCUUUCGUUAGCAUUAACAUGUUACAAAUCGCAGGAGUUCAAGUUGUCAUCGACUUAAAUAAAGAACCAGGAAGAAGAGUACAAUCGCUAAAAAUAAGAUGUAGAAACUGCACCACACCAGUUUAUGAGGAUUUAGACGAAGGCAAAAUUUAUAGAAUUUUGACGCCUUCUUUCUUGACCAAGGGAGGUGACGGCUUCCAAAUUAUUUCCGAGAAUAUCAAGAAUACCCAACUUGGCGAAGAGUUUGACUUGGACAUUUACGAAAGAUACUUAAAAAGUUAUUCACCAAUUUUCCAAGAAAUUUUUGGUAGAAUUCAUAUUAUAGGCUCAGAAAAAAUUAAGAAACGUCACAUUGAAUAAAUCAUCUAGUGUAUUUUUAAAUGUUUCCCUUUUUAUUGAUUCUCCAAUUUCCUAGAAAACAAUGGAAAAAUGUACUGAAACAUAAACCCUAAAUAACUCACCCCCUGUUGAUAAGUUUUCGUUUGCUGUAUUUCGAAAUUUAUUUCUGUGAAAUAAUAUACCCCAGUUGUUGGUAGGUUAUUUAUUUAGUUAAAUCGUAAUAAUCGACCUUGCGUGUGAUCCUAACGGGAAUAGAAGGCACGUCUCCAGAUCGCACGCAAUUGCUUCGGGAACGUUAUUGAUAUCUCAAUCUAUUAACAUUUUACGAUAAAAUAUUUAGUUUCGUGUAGAGAAAUACUGAAUAAUUCAGACACAAUACGAAUUUGAAUUUUGUUAGUUCAAAUUAAGUUAUCAAUCAGAUAACGAAUUAUUGAAACAACGGGAAUUAGUUCAAAAAAGAUUUUACGUCCACAAAAAAAACGCAAAAUUCCAUUUAACGUUAACGAACGAGUAUCAAACACCCUUUUUAUAAAAUUAUCAUACUUCAAUUUUGUUGGGUGAUUCUAAUUUUUAGGUAAGCACUUAAAAUCUGUUUAAUCAGGAUGUACAAUGAAAAGUUCUCAAGAAUUCAUAUUCUAGCGAUAAUCUGGGCAUUUAACAUUAAUAAACAUUAUCAAAUUGUA